AUGGCACCGCCCGCUAUCAUCGCCCCCUCCAUUCUCAGCGCCAACUUCGCCGAUCUGGGCCAUGACUGCUCCAAGAAGAUGGAGCAGGGCGCAGACUGGCUGCACGUCGACAUCAUGGACGGUCACUUCGUGCCGAAUAUGACCAUCGGUUGCCCCGUCGUAUCUCAAAUCCGCGGUUGCGUCGACCGUCCCUCCGAACCCUGCGGUCGUGGCACCUUCGAUUGCCACAUGAUGAUCAUGGAGCCGCAUAAAUGGGUCGCCGAGUUUAAGAAGGCCGGUUGCGAUCUCUACUGCUUCCACUAUGAGGCUGCUGUUUCCUCCGUCGCAGCGACCGAUCCUACAGAUAAAGAAACUACCGCUCGCACUAGCCCCAAGCAAUUGAUUCGCUAUAUCCACGAGCAGGGUAUGCAGGCUGGUAUCGCGAUUAAGCCCGAUACCCCGGUCGAUGUGCUGUGGGAUAUUAUUGAGAGCGAGGACCCCGCGGAACGACCAGACAUGGUUCUAGUCAUGACCGUGCACCCCGGUUUCGGAGGUCAGAAAUUCAUGGCCUCCGAGCUCCCCAAGGUCGCCGCCCUGCGCGAACGCUACCCUGAUCUGAACAUUGAAGUCGAUGGUGGUCUCGGCCUGGGUACAAUUGACCAGGCUGCCGAUGCAGGCGCUAAUGUGAUCGUUGCCGGCUCAGCAAUCUUCGGCGCACAGGAUCCCGGCGACGUCAUCGCGAAGCUGCGCGAGGCUGUCCAGAAGCGUCGCGGCGCGGAGCAGUAG